AUCGCUACUGUGGCUGGUUAAUAUUGUAGCGACCUGUCCCCUCUGAGUAGUGCCUGAGAUCGCUACAAUAUUAUGGCUUUAAAAAGUUCGGGAACAACGUGUGCCGUUCGCGGGUGUACUUACAACCGGACAAAACUAAACCAUUGGUUGAAAUCGGAGUGUUUUGACCACAAGCCAAAAAAGAAAAUAGAGUGUUCGUGCCCGAAAUGGUACAGCUUCCAUCAACUGCCGAAUGACGACGACGAGGCUAAAAGAAAUUGGCUGAAAAACCUAAACUUAAAACAUCCUCCGAAAUAUUGUUACGUCUGUUCUUUUCAUUUUGUGGACAAAACGCCAACUGAGGAAAACCCUUACCCAACGCUUUAUCUGGGUUAUGAGAAGCCACCUGAGAAGAAACGCCGAAGAGUCGUCAGGAUGAUCGUUGACAGUCAAGUCGCAACAGACCAAGCUGAUGUGAUGGUGUUCGAGCAACCUCAGACCUUCAAGGAUGCCCAAACCCAGUGGAUGGAUCCAGCUGUGGAGGACCAUACCUACUCUAAAGGAUCCAUCAUUAUAUAUAACAUGCCCAUCACACCUGCCCCUGAGAUCUCACUGUCCAUUGCAGAGGUUACACUGAAAGGUGAUAAAGACUGUCUGCUUUACACAGGGAUUCCUCUACUAGUGUUCAACACUCUUGUCUCCUGUGUACAAGGUUUUGCGCCCCAGUCAUCAACAAUGCCAGUUCAAGACCAAGUUUUGUUGACAAUCAUGAAGCUCAGACAGAACUUUGUUCUGGCUGACUUAGCGAGGCGCUUUAUAAUAUCAGCCAGUCAGGUCAGUAAAACAAUUAAGCAUUGGAUAGAUGUCCUUGCUGAGCACACCAAGGACCUCAUUCCAUGGCUGCCCUGUGACACAAUCAUAUCAACCAUGCCACAGGUUUUUCUGCAACAUUUCCCUGAUGUAACGUGUAUCAUUGACUGCACAGAGAGUGUUCUGCAAAAAGCCAAAAACUUAGACUCGCGCUCAGAGUCUUACAGCCAUUACUAUGCAAGUAACACUGUGAAGUACCUUGUUGCCAUUGCCCCAUCAGGGAUGGUGAUGUUUAUUUCAGAGGCUUUUGGUGGAAAGUGUAGUGACAGAUAUAUUACACAGAACUCAGGGUUUCUUGAUUGUUUACGUCCUGGUGAUUUGGUGAUGGGGGACCGUGGGUUCACAAUUAGAGAUCUUGUUGAGGAGAGGAGGGUAAGGCUAGUCAUACCUGCGUUUACACGCAAACAAAGCCAAUUAACAAAUGAACAAGUGACUCAGAUGAGACGGAUAGCAAAUGUACGCAUUCAUGUGGAACGGGCUAUAAGGCGUCUCAAAGUGUACAAGAUCCUGUCACAAACCGUGCCAAUAAGCUUAGUUCCUAAAAUUGAUAAAAUACUUCAGAUUUGUGCAGCUCUCAUAAAUCUGAGAGGAGAGCUUAUCUCCAGCAAGUAAUGUCUUACAAAAUGUAAUCUGUAAUGUCUUACAUAAUCUUGUAUAUACAACAUCUUGUAUAUUUAUGAAUAUAUUUAUUUAU